GCGAGAGGGGUGCCGGCCGCCGCUUUGUCUGUAGACCCGCGGCCGAGCACACUCCGUCUCUUCUCGGCUUUGCUCCCUCCGCCAUGGGAAACUCCGCGUCGAGCCCCAAGGCCAAGGGGAACGCCUACAAGAGCAAGUCGGUUGCUAAGAAGAAGGCGGACGCCGGCCAGCGCGAGGCAGCCAAGGACAAGUCGAUGCAGGAGUUUGUGGAGCGCAUCUUCGAGGCGUCGGGCGCGCUGCGCUCGCUCGAGGCGGGCGAAACGCUAAUCGAGCAGGGUGUCACCGCGGGCAAAAUGUUCUUCAUCAAGGAGGGCAGGGUCGACCUCGUGCUGAAGCGCGAAGGCGACACAGACGUGGAGCUCGCGACUCGCUCGACGGGCGACGUCCUCGGCGAGCUGUCGCUGCUGCUGGGCCACCCGGCUGCAGCGACGGCGAAGGCUGCGACCACGCUCACCGUCCUCGAGGUCGACCAGCAGAAGCUGCUCAAGCUGCUGGCUGACGACAACCUGUCUGCCGGCCAGCUCUUCAAGGUCGUCGCCACGUACCUCUCGGAGCGGAUCUCGGAGCUGUCGGGCCGCAUGCGCUCCGUCGUCACGAAGGGGCAGGCGCCCGGCAAGACCGCCUCGCUGCCGACGACCGACAUCUCGCACGCCCGCGCCAAGUUCGGCCUCGCCUCCGACCAGCGCCUGAUCGGCGUCUACCAGUGCUCUGUCCGCCGCGAGGUGAAUGCGGUCAAGGAGCAGCACGCACACUUCGGCGUGCUGUACAUCUUCGACUCGACCCUCUGCUUCGACCUCAAGAUGUUCGCGUUCAACAAGCAAAUGGUGAUCGACAACGCGGACAUCGUCUCGUUCCUGCGCUCGGAGCCGGCCGAGGGCAACGCGAACACGGUCGAGGUGCAGUCCAAGGGCCAGUCCGUCGAGCUGCAAAUCAACGAAGACUUCGAGGAGGCUUGCCUGCUGAUGGAGGCCUGCCGCCUCAAGGCGAAGACGGGCGCGCUGGGCAAGUCCCGCUCACACCUGUCCGACGGCGCGUCUGGGCGCGCGGGCGAGGACGGGGAGGCGGUGUCGCUGGAGAUGUUCCACGUCAUGCUCGAGCCGAUUAUCAAGGGGGACAAGUCGGAGCAGGACACGCUGCUGCACGAGCUCGACCUGCACCCGGAGGACUGGGACCACUUCCUCUCCGUCGCGAAGACGCUGCACUACAAGAAGGGCGAGUACGUGGUGCAGGAGGGGCAGGCCUCCGCCACGCUGUACCAGAUCCUCCGCGGCGCGCUGCGCGUCGAGCUGCUGCUGCCCGACCAGGCGCAGGCGGUGGUGGUGGGCUACCGGCAGGCGGGGGAGAUGCUCGGCGAGACGUCGCUGCUCAAGGAGGGGCGCGCCACCGCGUCGGUCGCGGCGGACCAGGACACGACCGUGGUCGCCAUCGAGGGGCGGCGGCUCGAGCAGCUCUUCUCGACCCACCCGCGCCUCCCCUCGCGCUUCUUCUGCUUCCUGGCGACCUACCAGGCCGAGCGGCUCUACAAGCUGACCCAGUCGUUUGCAGAGUCGCAGCAGCCGCAGGUGACAAUCUCCGCCUCGCUCGCAAUCUCGAUUGAGGAGGUCAUCAACAACCCCGCCUACUGCGGCGUGCUGCGCAAGUACCUCCUCCGCUCCGAGGCCGACGCCGCCGCAGCAUCCAACGAGGAGGAGCGCGCGCGCUUCCUCGGCUUGCUCACCCUGUUCGACUUUUACGUCUACGCGCAGGCCCCGCCAACGCCCCUCCCCCGCCCGCCGCCGCCCUUUAGAGGAGAAACAAAAGCGCCACGCCGGCCACCGAGCUAG